AUGGCUGCCUCCAGCUCGCAAGAUCCACCGCAACCAACGUAUCCAAAUUACCCAGAGAUGGUUGACUGCAUGAUCUGCAGAGGGAAAGAGGUGGCCAAGCGGCGUCCGGGCUAUCGGAUGACCUGUGCGGACUGCACCAAGUGCCAGGGCCGGUUCUGUGUCAAGUGCCGGGGGCCCUGGUUUGAGACUCAUAGCUGUAAAGUUUUCUUGGACGAGUUCGAGCUGUUCAAGGACCUGGAGUGGUUCUUCCGAAAGGGCGAGCAGAUUGACGACUUUCGGGAGAACUUGCAGCCGUUUGGCUACAAGAUGUGUCCUGGAUGCUUCCAGCCAGUCAUCAAGGAUAAUGAGGACGACUGCGAUCACAUCUACUGCGGUAACCCGAAGUGUCGCAUGGAGUUCUGCUGGAAGUGCUUGGCGAACAGGAAGGUCAUAGAGGUGCACGGCAAUCACCACCAUAAGUUGCUGCGAUGCAAGGAAAAAAGGGAGGAGAUGUCCCGACGAAAGAUACUUUACUCUAUAGGGUUUAGGGUUUAG